AUGCCAAUCACUGCCAUUCAUGCCCGUUACAUCUACGAUUCUCGGGGCAAUCCAACUGUAGAAGUUGAUCUUGCUACAGAGAAAGGUAUGUUUCGAGCAGCGGUGCCAAGUGGUGCAUCAACAGGUGUGCAUGAGGCACUCGAACUUCGUGAUAAGGAUAAGGGUGUUCAUCAUGGAAAAGGAGUCCUAAAAGCGGUCAAAAAUAUCAAUGAGCAAAUCGCGCCAGUACUGAUUUCUAAAAAAAUGGAUCCGACCCAGCAAAAGGAAAUCGACCAAUUCCUUCUCCAACUUGAUGGAACCGAGAACAAAUCAAAAUUUGGAGCUAAUGCACUUUUGGGUGUUUCGCUAGCAGCAUGCAAGGCUGGUGCUGCUCAUAAGUGUAUGCCGCUAUACAAAUAUAUUGCUGAACUAGCAGGUAUGAAGGAAGUUGUUCUACCGGUACCUGCGAUGAAUGUUAUCAACGGUGGCUCACAUGCCGGCAAUAAACUUGCUAUGCAGGAAUUCAUGAUUAUGCCCGUUGGAGCAUCCUCCUUCGCUGAAGCAAUGCGCAUGGGCUCCGAAGUUUAUCAUCACCUGAAGGCAGAAAUCAAAAAGCGAUACGGCUUGGAUGCUACUGCAGUGGGUGACGAAGGUGGGUUCGCUCCAAACAUUCAAGACAACAAGGAAGGUCUCGAUUUGCUGAAAUCAGCAAUUGCUGCUGCGGGAUAUGAAGGAAAAGUUGUUAUCGCGAUGGAUUGCGCAGCUUCAGAGUAUUACAAGGACUCGGCUAAAAAGUACGACUUGGACUUUAAAAAUCCGAAAUCGGACCAAAGCAAAUGGAAAACUGGUGAAGAAAUGUUAGGGUUGUACAAAUCAUUUAUCAAGGAUUAUCCAAUUGUGUCAAUCGAAGACUGGUUCGAACAAGAUGACUGGAAUAGCUGGACGAAAGGACUGUCUUCUGUUGACAUUCAGAUUGUUGGUGAUGACCUGACUGUGACCAAUCCCAAACGAAUUGAGAUGGCUGUGAGGAACAAAGCUUGCAAUUGCUUAUUGUUGAAGGUGAAUCAAAUUGGAACUGUAACCGAGUCUAUUGAAGCAGCAAAUUUAGCACGUAAGAACGGUUGGGGCGUGAUGGUUUCGCAUCGAUCAGGUGAAACUGAGGACACAUUCAUUGCUGAUCUCGUUGUUGGCCUUGCCACGGGACAGAUAAAAGCUGGAGCACCAUGCCGCUCUGAACGUCUAGCGAAAUACAAUCAAAUACUCCGCAUUGAGGAGGAGCUUGGCAAAUCAGCCGUUUAUGCAGGGACAAAAUUUCGAAAUCCGCAAGCAGCAUGAACCAGGCAAUGAAAAAGAUUGAAUGCUGCGUAUUACCUCCAGCUCAAUUGACGGAUGAAUUAAAUAUUAUGGACCUAGGCUAAUGUUCUGAGCACUCACGUCACCUAUUAAUUGUAUUACCUAUGAAUCUCGGUAGCCCUUACCGAAUGUUCAUAUCUCAAAUAAACCUAAUCGCAAUAACAUUCAUU